GGGACUACGUGGGAGGGCUGUUUUUUCGCAACCUGAAGCCUUACCAAGUUGCAUCGUCACGCGUUCACCGUCCAUACUGAUUGUCUUAAUCUGAGCGGGAUCACGGGUCGCACUCGCGGCCGGCCGCGAGCGUCUUUGGCUCAAGCAUCCUGGCCCGAGUUCCCGCUGUGGUCCCCAGGCGCGAGAUCCGCGGCAAGUGGCAGUCAGUCUCAUGCGCAGCGGCCGCGGCAGCAGCAUGCAGGACACCCGCCAGACUGACAGAUCAAGACCUGCCGUCAAUGAUCGUCUGUCGACGCUAAAGGGCGCUGGGCCCAGGCCCGGCCGCAGCAACAGCGACGGUAAUCUUGGGAGCGCCGCUGGGGAAUGCCUCCCGCGGGUGGACGCGUCCCAGGAUGCGCGGGGCAGAGCACCAGAGAGGCCUGCGCGCGUGCACGACGAUCAAGUCGGGAGCGCCAGUGGGAGCUACACCACUCAUGGAUCGUUCCCAGAACAUGUUCCCUCCGCAUCAGACAGCUAUUGCUCUCUGUCGGCUCUCAGUGGCAGCAGGUGGUGGUUCAGCGACCGCAGCGAGUACGAGAGCAGCGGCAGCUCAGCGUGGAGCAGCUCCAACUCCGAGAGCCACAGCCCCCGAAGUGCAGAGGAGAGCGAGGUCGAUGAGCAGCAGGAGGCGGAGUGGCGGAAGGCCAACGAGGCUCAGCACGCCAUUGGCGCCUGCAAGCCGUGCCUGUUCCACGGGACGGAGGCGGGCUGUGCGAAGGGCCGCGCGUGCAGGUUCUGCCACCUGCCGCACGCGGCCAAGCGCAGGGCGCGGCCGAGCAGGGCCGAGGGGAUGCGUUGCAAGCAGCUGGUCGCGAAGCCAGGCUGCAGGUGCGAGGGCGACGCGGAUGCCGCGUGGGACUCGGCCGACGGGUGCAGCCUGCGCCAGCGGCAGGUGCUCAGCGCCUUCCGGGAGAGGGGCCAGCAGCAGGGCCCGCCAAGGGCGGAGCUGGGCGGCCUGACGCGCGCCGCCGCGGGCGAGAAGCCGCAGCAGCCCUCGAGGUGCAGCUAGAAGCGCGCGGGUCCGUGGGGAGCGGGGAGGGGGGGGAAGUAUGCAGACUAUGGCCGGAUCAGAGGAGUUGCUCGAGCGGUCGAGGGGGCCGCCGAGCCAGGAUCGUCAUGGCAGAUAGGCCGCUGCCGCGUGAUAGGCUUGCUAAGUGAGCUGGUCUCUUCCGUCGCAGUUCGGCCAUAAGGAUUUGAAACAUAACAAUCAUAGUAUGUUUUCUGACGAUGCUGGCGUGAAGUGCGAGAUCCGAGCUACA